AUGUUUGGCCAGAAAACAGAUCCAUCUUCAUCAGAAGGGCCUUCCUUACGCACCUCGAUGGAGAAGCCUGCCCAGGCCUCGCACGCUGAGGGGGGCGAGCCCAGCACCGGUGAGGUUCAUCGUGUUAGUACAGCUAGUGAACUUCACCGAGAGAUGUCAAUCCGAACCAUCUUCAUGCUUGGUGUUGGAGGCGGUAUUGGUACGGCGCUCUUCGUCAGCAUUGGCGGUACUCUACAUUCCGCAGGUCCCGGCAGCCUCCUUCUUGGUUUCAUCGUCUACAGCAUUAUUCUCGCGAAUAUCAAUAACUCCAUGGCCGAAAUGACAACAUACAUGCCGGUUAGUGGUGGUUUCAUUCGCGUGGCCGGCCACUGGGUUGACAAGGCUCUUGGAUUUGCCGGUGGUUGGAAUUUCUACAUCUAUCUUGGUCUCAUUGUGCCCUUUGAAAUCACAGCACUAAGCCUGGUUUUAUCAUUUUGGAGCCCCAACAUCCCGGCAGGAGCUAUAUGCGCGGUCUGUAUCGUGCUUUACUUCGUCAUCAAUAUCUUUGCGGUUCGAAUCUACGGCGCGGCCGAAUUCUGGCUCUGCGGCGGGAAAGCGCUGCUCCUAGUCAUCCUCAUGAUGUUCACACUGGUCACUAUGUGCGGCGGCAACCCCCAACACGAUGCUUAUGGUUUCCGACACUGGCAAGACCCUGGAGCGUUUCUUGAAUACUACAGCACGGGGAAUAGUGGAAAGUUUGAGGGAUUUCUUGCCUCUCUGUGGACCGCCUCCUUCACUCUUGUAGGACCUGAGUUCCUCAGCAUUGCAGCCAGCGAGGUCAAGCACCCCCGUACGUAUGUGAAGAAGGCUCACAAGGCUCUUUUUGCUCGGAUAUUGGUCUUUUUCAUCGGUGGAUGCCUGGCUGUCACCAUCAUUGUGUCGCCCCAUGAUAAGAUCCUCGAGAGACUCUAUGGCCAGGGACAUGGUAGCACUGGAAGCGCCGCCGCCUCACCUUACAUCAUUGCCAUGGAAAAUCUCGGCAUCAAUGGCCUGCCUCACUUGAUCACCGCUUUAUUUGCUACUACGAUUUUUGCUGCUGGCAAUACCGUCCUCUAUAGUGCUACCAGGACUCUUUAUGGCUUAUCUCUGGAAGGACAUGCCCCAAAAUUCCUGCGAAAGGUCACCAAGUCUGGAAUCCCGAUCUAUUGCUUUCUGGUUACUAUGAUAUUCCCAUUCCUUGCCUUUCUGCAGCUCGGAAGUGGUUCGUCUACCGUUCUGACCUGGCUGAUCAAUCUUGCCACUGGUGCAACUCUGAUUUAUUUCAUUACCGCUCUUAUUACUUACAUUCGAUUCUACCGCGCCUGCCAGGUACAGGGAUUCAAUCGCGACAAGCUGCCUUACAAAGGUUGGUUCCAGCCUUACGGUGCGUGGUUUGCUCUGAUCUCGGAGCUGAUCAUCAUCGUCUUUUAUGGUUAUCGGUCGGUCGUUCCAUUUAGUGCCAGUGGCUUCGUUACAGCAUACUUCAUGCCCUUUUUUGUACCAUGCCUCUUCCUCGGCUGGAAACUCAUUAAAAAGACCAAGUUCGUCAGGGCUAGCGACAUAGACCUAGUAUGGGAGGCCCCUCUCAUUGAUGCCUACGAGGCUUCACUGGAAGAUGCGCCUGUAGGCUUCUGGCGUGAUGUUUGGCUCAUGGUCCGGGGCACCAAAAAGGCCAAGGCAGACAACGCCUGA